GCAAGUGCCUCAGGCAUACUGAGGAGGAGGACCUCUCAGAUGUGGCUGAGACCAGUCUGUCUUGGACUCCCCUCUAAUCCCGUCUUGCUGAGAAGGAGGACAUAGCCAUGCAACUGCUGAGAGCUGCUAACAAUAACAGCCCCAGGGCUGCUGCUAGCCUGUGCCAUCCUUUGUGUGAUUUUGAAUAUGCUGCUUCUUCUAGCAGGAAGCUAGCACCUUGGUGCCAUUUAGGAAAAGGAGUUUCACCUGGAUAGACACCACCAAGGCACAUAGCUGGGCAGACGGCAUGUGACCUGGAUCCAUUCUCACCGCUACCCGAGCCCAUGCUCUUGACCGGUCCAGCAUCUGGACAACCAUACACAAUAGCCUUGAUAGCCAAUAGUGAUCGAGGACUUAACAUUCCCCCAAAACCACCUUCCCUGUAUUAACUCAUUUAAUUUUCACAGCUCUAUGACAUAGGUAUUGUUAUCCCCAUUUUACAGAUGAGAAAACUAAGGCACAGCAAAGUUUUCAGGAGCCUGGAAGCUGAAUCCCAAGUCCUGAGAAUUCCCAGCCCAAGAAGCAAAUUAAGAAAGCACAUCCCCCUCCACUCAGGUGGCCCACCCCAUGACAUCAAUGGAAUGGAAGCACCUUGCAGGUGACAUCACUGUUGCCCGAGGCAACACCUCCACCUUAAGGUAGACAGAGUGGAGCAAGAACCUCCUCAACUGUAAGACACAAGUUGAAGGGAAGGAGCACAGAAGGCAGAACGUCCACAGGUCAGCUCCAACCAUGGCACUGGGGCUCUUCCGUGUGUGUCUCGUGGUGGUGACAGCUAUCAUCAACCACCCGCUGCUGUUCCCACGGGAGAACGCCACGGUCCCCGAGAAUGAAGAGGAGAUCAUCCUCAAGAUGCAGGCGCACGAGCAGAAGCUGCAGCUGGAGCAGCUGCGCCUGGAGGAGGAAGUGCGGCUGGCAGCGGAGCCGGAGGCCCUGGAGCAGGUGGCGGAGGAGGGCCAGCAGCAGAUGGAGAGCCACACAGCCUGGGACCUGUGGAGCACUCUCUGCAUGAUCCUCUUCCUAGUGAUUGAGCUGUGGCGGCAGGACCAUCAGGAUGGGCUAUCGCCCGAGUGCCUGGGCGGGGAUGAGGAUGAGCUGCCCGGCCUGGAGGGCGCCCCACUCCGAGGCCUCACCCUGCCCAACAAGGCCACACUGGACCACUUUUAUGAGCGCUGCAUCCGGGGGGCCACAGCUGACGCGGCCCGCACCCGGGAGUUCGUGGAAGGCUUUGUGGAUGACUUGCUGGAAGCCCUGAGGAGCCUGUGCAGCCGGGACAGGGACAUGGAGGUGGAGGACUUCAUUGGCGUGGACAGCAUGUACGAGAACUGGCAGGUGGACAAGCCGCUGCUGUGCCAACUCUUUGUGCCCUUCACCCCCCCUGAGCCCUAUCACUUCCGCCCAGAGCUCUGGUGCUCCAGCCGCUCGGUGCCCUUAAAUCGCCGGGGGUACGGCCAGAUCACGGUGGCCCGGGCUGACAUGGAUACACUGGGCUGUAUCUGUGGCAAGACCAAGCUUGGGGAAGACAUGCUGUGUCUCCUUCAUGGCAAGAACCACUUGGUGCGUCCCGGCAGCGAGGUGGAAGACCUACUGUGUGCCAGAGGUUCCCCACACCUGGACACGAUGCAGGUCAUGAAGUGGUUCCAGGUGGCCCUCACCAGAGCCUGGCACCGCAUUGCCCACAAGUACGAGUUCGACCUGGCCUUUGGCCAGCUGUACACCCCUGGGUCCCUCAAGAUCAAGUUCCGCUCAGGGAAGUCCAUGCCCUUCAACCUGAUUCCUGCGAUCCAGUGUGAUGACUCAGACCUGUACUUUGUCUCCCACCUCCCCAGGGAGCCCUCCGGGGAGACCCCGGCAUCCAGCACUGACUGGAUCCUGUCCUUUGCUGUCUAUGAGCGACACUUCCUCAGGAUGACAUCGAAGGCGCUGCCCGAGGGCGCCUGCCACCUCAGCUGCUUGCAGAUUGCCUCCUUCCUGCUCUCCAAGCAGAGCCGCCUGACAGGCCCCAGCGGGUUGGGCGACUACCACCUGAAGACAGCGCUGCUGCACCUCCUGCUCUCCCGGGGGGCCACCGACUGGAAGGCCGGGCAGCUAGAAGCUCGUCUGCAUGAGCUGCUGUGCUUCCUGGAGAAGAGCCUGUUGGAAAAGAAGCUCCAUCACUUCUUCAUCGGGAACCGCAAGGUGCCGGAGACCAUGGGACUCCCCGAAGCUGUGCGCAGGGCUGAGCCUCUCAACCUCUUCCGGCCCUUUGUCCUACAGCGAAGCCUCUACCUGAGGACAGUGGACUCCUUCUAUGAGAUGCUCAAGAACGCCCCGGCACUCGUUAGCGAGUACUCUCUGCAUAUCCCCUCAGAUGCCAGCCUGCCCCCAAAACCUGCCAUCUUGUAGAGCAGCUGGAAUCUCGGGGCCAAGAUGCAGGGCAUCCCACCCCCACAAGAACAUCUCAGGCCCUGUCCUGAGAAAACAGCAGGCUUUGCUGGGAGCCAUGGCUAGCCUGCUGGAAGCUGGGCCCUAUAAAGUGGAAGAAACAGAAUUCCAAGCUGGAAGGUAGUUUGCUUUCACGUGUCUGGGCUGGCCAGUGAGGCUAUUAUCUGGGUUUGGGGCCAGAGCCUUUGCGGCCUUUACCUUUGGAUCAUCACGAACGGCCAAGACGAUGACGGAACACUCUGUGAACACUGAGUUUGAAAUAAUGCAACAUCACUUAGGAGUAAUUUUUUUUAUGUCGCGGGUCCAGUCUUUACUUGAAUAUCAGCAGAGAAUUGAAGGGAUGCUGACAGGGAUCCACGAUAAGACUGCACACCCCUAUUUCCAGGAACCCUCAUCCCCAGGCAUCUGCUACCAAAGCGCUAAUAGGGACAGAUGUGGGAAUUCGCAACCGUCCAUUCACAGCCU